CCUGCUCGCCCCACCCACCACCUCUCCGCCUCCUCCCCCUCCAGCCGAUCCGCUGAACUCUCCCGGGCCGAGGCUUCCAGGGAGCCGGGGACUGAUCGCAUCCAGCCGGGCAGGAGAGCCGCCAGCAAGAUGAAGACGAGCUGCUGAACGCUGACAUAUCCUGAUGUAGCCGAAGACGACUGCCGAUCGAUCCCUCGCUGCCCGGGAUCCGGAGACAUUGGAGGGAGAGCGCAGUCCAGGGGGAGAGCGAGACACUUAGUUAAUUCAUUCCAAAGAGUGUGGACAAUGAGUGCGCAAGAUGUGACUGUCAAGACAGAAAAAACGGAAGAGGUCCUCCAGCCUGUGCUGUGGAAACAGAAGGCCAAAAAUUCUGCCAAAAACAAAAUGGAAGAUGGCGCCGAGGAGGUGCCGGCUGAAAUCUGCGUGGUUAUCGGAGAAAACCGCAAUCAGCAGAAUAUCGGUGGAGACUCUCCGGACAGACACACAGCAGCCAUGAGCAGGGAAACGUCUUGGAGCGGGGGCAGCCGUCCACGGAACAUCCCUCCAAGAAUCAGCACAUCUUCUCCAGGGUCUUACGAAUGUGGAAUUUGUCGGAAAAAGUACACGUAUUACAACUGCUUCCAGACUCACGUCCGAGCGCACAUAGACAAUAAAGCCGCAUCUGUAGAAGGAGUGUCGUCGCAGGGAAACAAUUUUCGCUACACGUGCGACGUCUGUGGCAAAAAGUACAAAUAUUACAGCUGUUUCCAGGAGCACAGAGACUUACAUGCCGUGGAUGACACCUAUAUCCAUAUGAUGGUAACGUCAGGGGACAUAAAAGAAGAGGACUUAGAAUCAUGUGUCAAACUUGGUCCAAAAACCGGUAAUUAUAUGUGUGAGUUCUGUGGCAAGCAGUACAAAUAUUACACCCCGUACCAGGAGCACGUAGCUCUGCACACCCCUCUCAAAACUGCAUUCAACCAAGACCUGGAAGCCAAGCAGCCCAACAACUACGAGGAAAACAACAGCAAUUCUCAGCACUCCAGCGCCGGCUCAAGUCGGACACAUGCAGGGAUGUCAGACAUGUUGGGUGGAAGUGGAGGAGGCAGCAGCAUGACCAACUGGCAGAAGGAAGCCGCCAGUCCGAUGACCUCCAGCUCGUUCCCGCUCAUGCAAGGCAAAGGAUGGAAGAAGAAGAUGAAAAGAAAGGAGGAAACAAACAACAAGUCUGUGAAAGAAGACAAAAGUGGUAAAGUAGAAGAACCGUACACUUGUGGGGCAUGCGGGAUUCAGUUCCAGUUUUACAACAAUCUCCUGGAGCACAUGCAGUCACACGCCGCUGACAAUGAGAACAACAUGACCACCAGCCAGCCCAGGUCACUGCCGCCAGCAGAGGAGAACUGGAAGUCUCAGCCCCAAAGAAACAACACAAAUAACACAGCUGCAGUGUCUUCUGCACCAGUGCCGGCUGCCAACAACUCUGUCCCUGAAAAGGAGCGCCAACACAUUGCAGAAAGGCUUCUGAGGGUAAUGUGCGCCGACCUGGGAGCUCUGAGCGUGAUCAACGGCAAAGACUUCCUGAAGCUGGCACAGACCCUUGUAGACACUGGAGCUCGCUACGGGUCCUUCUCAGUCAACGAAAUUCUGGGUAACAUGAACACGCUAGCAUUGAAGCAUCUACCACGAAUGUACAACCAAGUCAAAGUCAAGGUGACCUGCGCCCUGGGCAGCAACAUCUGCUUGGGGAUCGGGGUCACCUGUCAUUCACAAAGCGUCGGUUCGGACUCGUGUUACAUCCUCAUCGCAUAUCAGGCGGAAGGAAAUCAGAUAAAACGCUACGUGUUGGGCAUUAAAGACAUGGACAGUAGAGACAGCGGCGAAUUCAUCCACCAGUGGGUGCAGAACGUCCUCUCGGAGUUUGUCAUGUCGGAGAUUAGGACGGUGUACGUAACGGACUGCAAAGUUAACUCUUCCGCUUUCUCCAAGGUCGGGACGUGCUUACGCUGUUCCGCAUGCUCCUUGAACUCUGUGGUACAAAGCGUAUUGAACAAGCGCACGUUGCAGGCCCGUAACAUGCACGAUGUCAUAGAACUAUUGAAUGUCACUGAGGAGCUGGCAGGGUCGACCGGUAUCGCCAGGGAGACGUUCGGUUCCUUGGAAGAAAGCUCUCCUCCUCCUUGCUGGAACUCUGUCACAGACUCCCUUUUGCUUGUCCACGAGCGAUACGAGCAAAUCUGUGAAUUUUACAGCCGGGCAAAGAAACUGAACAUCAUCCAAAACCUCAACAAACAUCUACUGAGUAAUUUAGCUGCCAUAUUGGCCCCAGUGAAGAAAGCCGUCAUCGAGCUCAGCAACGAGCGCAGACCAACCCUACAGCUUGUUCUUCCCACCUACGUCAAGCUGGAGAAGCUCUUCACCUCCAAGGCCAACGAUGCCGGGGUCAUCAGCAAGCUCUGCCACCUGUUCCUCGAAGCUUUGAAGGAGAACUUCAAGGUCGAGUCUGCACACAAAGUCGCCAUGAUUUUGGACCCUCAGCAGAAACUGCGGCCCGUUCCUCCCUAUCAGCACGAAGAGAUCAUCAGUAAAGUGUGUGAACUGAUCCACGAGGUCAGAGACGGGGCAGAGGAGACUGAGUUUGAAGCUCCAACCAAAAAACCUAGACAAUCCACCGAGACGACCAAAGUUCAAGAAGAUGAUCGGCUGGGGAAGAACGAAGUCUACGACUAUCUACAGGAACCUAUUUUUCAAGUGACUCCGGACCUUUUCCAGUACUGGUCAUCGGUUUCCCAAAAACACACGCACCUCUCCAAACUGGCUUUUUGGCUGUUGGCCGUCCCGGCGGUUGGGGCGCGCAGCGAGUGUGUAAAUAUGUGCGAACAGACAUUACUGAUCAAAAGGAGGAGACUUCUCAGCCCCGAGGACAUGAACAAAGUCAUGUUUCUGAAGUCCAAUAUGCUUUGAACUCGGUCGUGUUUUCUUUUUUUGGGGGGGGGGGUGGGGGGG